CGGUAUCAUUUUUUGAAUUCUUACCACCAGCUACAGUCAAAUGUGAUGCUACUAUCUGGAAUCAUUUUAUUACUGAACACGCUCACCAAUCUCGACGUUGACACGUACCGCAUAUCUCAAGUCAAAUCAAAACUUCAGAAAGCGUCUGGGCAAUAUCACCAGUUUGGUCCUUUGCUGAUCCUACAUACGUGUGACGACGGUGUUGAACAUGGCCAGCAAUUGAAAUCAAAUCAGGUUCGGGAAAUGACCUCAAGUAAUUUUAACGCAGUAGCGACGGCGCUGAAUUUUCUCGUUGUUGCCCACGCCGUCGUCUUUCUCAAGCUCGCAAUUAACCUUGCCUUCCUCAACUUCGCUCAUGCACAUUGAAAGAAGACGGUACUAGAUUUGCUGCCCUUCUAAAGUUUCAAGCGCAGGUCCCUUGCGCCUACGAUUGGCACUAAUAGUUGCCCAAUGAUGCGUCCCGAUGCGUCUUAUCUAUAUGCAUCCAUUGGGUUCUCCCUCGGGCACGCAAACACUGGUUCAUCGGUGAUACUCGAGUAUAGGUAGCGGAAUGAGCUUCGAGUCGUGAAGUCGAAUACUUAUUUAUAUAUACAGGUAUAGUAAGCGGAUGUAGCCUUCGAAAACUCCGUAGCUGGGUCUCUUCUCGAUGAGCACGCAUUAUUGAGUGAUAGGAUCUGGAUAGGAUGUAUUGAUGGCGCCAGUAACAUAGAGAAAGUUUCGUGGGACCCUCACAAUCCAUCACUUGAC